UAAAAGCUAUAUCAUUUUCAUCAGAAUAUACUUACGUUUCAGUUGACAUUGACAGACUUGGAUUUUGUUCAGCCUCCACAUGAGACAAGGUGUUCAGACCAUGUGACCUGCUGGUCGCUCUAUUGUAGAUCCUGCGACAUUGUGCGUACAGAUUCAGUCACGGAGCAGCCGGCACUUCCGUGAGAACGGCGUGCCAAGACAGGAAUGGCAUUGGGUUUUAACUUUUAGGCAAAAUCCUCGGGAGAAGACGACGUGGAGACAAAGUUUGGCCACAAUGAAUUCCUCUUUGAAUUGGUCUAUCACGGCAAACGGAAGUGUUACGGUUCCAGAAAACAGCCUCUUCAGUGUUAUUGUGUUGAUAGAUGCUAUAUCAUGCGUUUUUCUCGUGAUUGGAAAUUUCUUCAUCCUAGCUCUUAUUCGGAAGAAGCGCCUUUUAGGCAGGUCUACUAACGUGUUCAUUUUUUCUAUUGCGGUGGCGGACUUCCUCAACGGUUCAGUAGCCAUCCCAACGCACAUCUUAUUUCUGUACCAAAAAGAGACAAUCUAUUUGUGUAAAUGUUUCCGGUUUGUGAGUUUUAUUUCUAAGACAGUGGUGCCCUACUCUAUCGUGUUCAUGACAGCGGAGAAGACCAUGAGGAUUCUCUGCCCCACCCGUGAGAUCGUGACCGUGGCCCGCUGCAUGUUCUGCACCAGUCUCCUCUGGUUCUUUUCCUCCUCCUUUAACAUAUGGAGCGUCGUCCUCUUUACCUCAGUUCCUCGGAUCCCCAGGAACAAUGACCUCGUUUUGGAAAGAACUUAUAAACGAUGUACUCUUAAUCAGCGGUUUGCCUUCCUUCACAAAUUUUUUCUGCUAAUGGACUUGUUUACACUAUUCCUGAUACCAUUAACAGUUGUGUUGUCACUUUUCUUAGUUCUACUAUUUAAGUAUUUCACGAUUUUACGAGAGAGGAUUCAGACUUAUUUUUUCGUUGUUAAACUUCUGAUGGUGCUGAGUUUCAAUGUUCUCGUUACACACACCCCUUACCAGGUGAUUACGUUCAUUGAAAACACACCAGGGUACCAAUCCUCGGAUAUCUUCUUCCUCUCCAAUCUUCUAACGAGUCUAUUUUUCACUCGCGGGAUCUGGAAUUUACUGAUAUACGGAUAUUUUAAGCAUUACGUUUGUCACAAACAGAGCCUGGCCAGCAUUCGGGCAGGAAAUUAUCCCCCUAAGACGGAGUCUUACAAACUUCCAGUACAAAGGAACCGACAGAGAAACACGCACCGGAAUGCCCUGUAAUCCUGUAUCAGAGAACUUUCUACUUAUCUCAAUUUGUCAUAUCCCUGAAUUCGUGGAAAGGUAAUUAAGUUUCUCUAAAUUGUCAUAGUAUGAUGCUCUGAAAUAAAUCGAAUAUAAACU